CUGUCCACGCCUUCUUCACCCCAUCAUCAGCGCUGUGUCCUUACUCACUCCGGUCAGACACAAACUGCUAACUGACAAGGAUGGCGACGCUCUCUCUGUGCGCACACUUUGUUCUUCUUUUUCUGUGGCCUCACUUGCUGUCUGCAGCACCUACCACUCAGGAUGACCUUGUAAUCACAACUAAGCAUGGAAAAGUUCAAGGGAAGAUGUUUUCCGUGUUUGGUGGUGAUGUUCGAGCAUUUCUUGGAAUUCCUUAUGGAAAACCACCUGUGGGGAAAUUGAGGUUUAGAGCUCCACAGCCAGCAGAUGGAUGGCCAGGGGUGCGGGAUGCUACUAAAUUCCCACAUAGCUGCCACCAGGUGCUGGAUACAGUCUUCCCAGAGUUCAAAGGUGCAGAGAUGUGGAACCCAAACACUCCUCUGAGUGAAGACUGUCUGUACCUAAACGUCUGGUCCCCACGUUUCAACAAAACCCAGCCUCAGAACAUGGCACUGGCUCCUGUCCUUGUCUGGAUCUAUGGAGGCGGGUUCAGUACGGGAACGUCCUCUCUGGACAUUUAUGAUGGUCGAAUCUUGAGUAAAUCUGAAGGUGCUGUUGUGGUAUCAAUGAAUUACAGACUUGGACCUUUGGGUUUCCUGUCCCUUCCUAACAACAAGAAUGUCAGGGGAAAUGCAGGGCUGCUGGACCAGCGCCUGGCACUCCAGUGGGUAGCCAAUAAUAUUGCUUCUUUUGGAGGUGAUCCUACAAAGGUGACUCUGUUUGGGGAGAGCGCUGGAUCAGCAUCUGUGGGCUUCCACCUGCUCUCCCCAGACAGCCAUAGUCUUUUUCAAAGGGCUGUGAUGCAGAGUGGCUCUCCUAAUGCACCCUGGGCCUCAAUCAGCCAGACCGAGGCCUGGCAAAGAUCCACGAAGCUGGCAAAGUUACUGGGGUGUCCCACAUCUGAUCCAGCAUAUUUGGAAGUGUGUCUGCAGAAGGCUCAACCUGAGAAAAUCACGGCGAAGCAAUAUGAUGUUCUCAUGCAGCCUUCAGUCUUAGGUCUACCGUUCGUCCCUGUUGUUGAUGGGGACUUCCUACGAGAAAAAGUCGAAGUGCUGCUGAGUACCGGUAAACUUCCAAAGAAAGACCUGCUUUUAGGCUUAAACAAGGAUGAAGGAACCUACUUUCUAUUGUAUGGAGUGCCUGGAUUUAGUCUAACUCAGAGUCUCAUCACCAGGAAUGAGUUCCUGCAUGGAGUGAACCUUACAAUGACAAAUGAAAAUUAUGUGACAAGAGAAGCUGCCAUUUUCCAGUACACUGAUUGGACAGAUGAGAACAGCAAGAUGGGAAAUCGUGACUCACUGGGUACUCUGGUUGGAGACGGACUGUUCGUUUGUCCUUUGCUAGAGUUCGCUCACAGGUACUCACAACAUGGUGGUAAGACUCUCCUUUAUUUAUUUGACCACCGAUCAUCCAUCAACCCUUGGCCAGAAUGGAUGGGCGUUAUGCACGGCUAUGAGAUAGAAUUUGUCUUCGGAAUGCCUCUGAAUGUAUCCCUGGGAUACACGAAGAAUGAAGUCAACAUGACCAAGAAGUUCAUGAAACACUGGGCCAACUUUGCCCGGACAGGGAAUCCAGACAUUGAUGGAGCUAAAUGGCCUGUGUUCACCCCUGAACAGCAGGAGUAUGUGACUCUGAACUACAACCAUCCAGAAGUGAGGACAAUGAUGAAAGCUAAAGAGUGUCACCUCUGGAACAAAUUAAUCCCCAAAAUGGAGAAAGUCUCAGAUGAUCUGCUGCAGUGUGUUAAUGGGAUUAAAAUACUCAACUGUAAUUACAUGUUACUCCUCAUUGUAUUGGCUAUAGCUUUGACCUACUGAUAAACUGAAGUGACUGGCCAGGUCUGCACUGUUUCAUACAGCCUCAUAACAGU